GGAUGUCGCUGCCAGCGUAAAGUUCGCCGAGAAUACACUUCUGCGGCAUGUACCCUUUUGUCAUUUACGUCAUAUGUGUGGUAAAAGGGCCAUUGAGUACAGGCCUGGAACCAUAGAGAGAGAGAGACAGAGAAAGAGUUAUUUACGUCACGCGGUUUGAUUAUAGUUAGCGUGUUAUAUCGACCGACCUGUAGCAUUUGACAGGUGGUUACAUUAUCGUGAUCUGACGUUGACACAUUGUCUUUCUUUCGAAAAUGUGGGAGAAACGCGUGUUGCUAUGCUGUUUCGCGAUUUUUUUUAAGUUUACACGUUGUUAUGCCGAUGUGUAUUCUCUUCUGAUGCCCAACGUAAAGCCGAACAUGCCUGAACUGUAUUUGUGUACUCCAAUCAAGUUAGACUUUACAAGAAAUUACUACAUAACUGCUUUUGAGCCAAAUGCAACAAUGGGAACAACCCAUCACAUGCUUGUUUUUGGCUGUACGAAACCAGGUAGCUCAAUGCCUGUUUGGAAUUGUGGACAAAUGACAUCUUCCACAAAUAACUAUGACAUUAUGCCUCCUUGUGGUAAAGGAUCUCAGCAGAUUAUCUAUGCAUGGGCAAGAGAUGCUCCAAGAUUGGAUUUACCAGAAGAAGUAGGCUUUAAAGUAGGUGGUGACUCUCCUAUACAGUACUUGGUUCUGCAGGUACACUAUGCACAUAUUGAUCACUUCAAGGAUGGUAGUACAGACGACUCUGGUGUAUUUCUGCAUUACACGACGCAUCCACUAAACAAGCUGGCUGGGGUCAUCCUGUUAGGGACAGGUGGUACCAUAGCACCUAGAAAAAUAACACAUAUGGAGACGUCGUGCCUGAUGACAGAGAAGAAGACUAUUUAUCCAUUUGCAUAUAGAACGCAUACUCAUUCAUUGGGCCAAGUAGUUUCAGGUUACGUGGUGAAACCAAACAGUGAAUGGAUCGAGCUCGGCAAGAGAGAUCCUUUGACGCCUCAAAUGUUUUAUCCAGUAACUAAUAAGAUCCCAGUCACGUAUGGUGAUAUAUUGGCGGCUCGUUGCACGAUGAAAAGUACGCGCGAUAGAUAUACCUUUGUGGGUGAAACAAAUGAAGACGAAAUGUGUAAUAUGUACUUUAUGUAUUACGUCGAGAAUGAUACUCCGCUCAAACAAAAAUAUUGCUUCAGUUCAGGACCGCCUACUUAUUAUUGGAAGAAUAAUUUAAAUAAUAUUCCCGACGAAGAGGCAUCCAGUCUAUAACGUAUCUGACUAUAUUGUUCGACAAAUAAUGAAUCAAUCUUACGUUGUUACGAUGAAUAAUUGAGCGAAAUCUGAUCUACACAGUUCUCCGCAGACUGUGAAAUACAUUUUUAUUCAAUAAGAUAGAAUCCAUAUGUAGAUGUCGAGCCGUCCUAAUCAUUUACGGUAGAUUCUUGGGGAAUAUGUCAGGGUCAUUUUUUACUUCCGAUGCAAUUCAUAUGAACUUGCUCGUAGUUCAUUUUGACGCAAUAUUUUGUAUUGAGAAAUUUAGAACUCGGGAAGUAUGGUGUUUUAGUUCAGCGGAAUGUCAUCACUCUUUAUCUAACAGACGCACCGAACGUCUUAAGUUAAUUGUUAAUUAUCUCCGUAAUCAUAUAACAGCCGAGGAUUUCGCGAAUAGAAUGUUCUGUACUUAUUUCGUAUGAGUAAUUUGUAAGCGACUUGUUGCCAAUUCGUGAUAAUGAAAUAUCUAUUCUUGUCAAUUAUUAUAAAUGUAAUGCAGCACCGUUUGAAUCACCAUCACAGUUCCGUAAUUUGCUAAUUUUAUAAUUAUUUAAUUUAGCUAAUUGUAUAAUUAUGCAAUUUUGUACAGAAAAAUUAGCUGUGUAUUAAGCAAAUUCAAGUGCAUAAUCAGAAUUUUCAACAGUCGCUAGUCUUUUGACAGUCAGUUGUCUUAUUGUGUAUCUAAUCAAUGAUUGCGUUGUGAUUUAUAAUGUACUUAGUUGUGAAGGCAAGAUUCAAACUAUUAUAAUUUAAUCUCAGUUUACGUGAUUUAAUUUCAAGCAUUUACUAAACAGGCGUUUUUGUUUCUUAAUCAAUUUACAUGGUUGGUACGCAACAAUGAGAACGUCAUGCGAAUGUGAUAAUGCUAAACUUAGGCCUAGUAUUCUGUUCUUAUUUAUGUUUAUAUGCGUUUGUGAAGAAACGAUUAAUGAAGAUUAUACAUUAUACAUUUAAAUAAUCUCCAGUCAAUAAUGUACUGAAGACGUUGUAUUUUUAAAUAAUUUAUUUUAGUAUAUAUGUAUAUAUUUUUUUUCUUCGAAUCUCCAAACAAAUUCUAGGUAUAACUAUAACAAAUAGCUGCAAUAGUUCGUGAUGCGAUAUAUAUAUGUAUGUAACUAUACUUAUUUUUAUCAUGAAAAAGGAUGUUUUAGACGACGUCGUUGAAACUGUAUGUAUGAAUUUGUUAUUAAUUAGGUCCCUGAUGUAUGUAUAUGGGAAUCAUGACCACAAAUUGAUCAUAUCGUGUCACGUUGGUACAUAAAGAUUUAAUUUAAUUUAAUUAAUUGAUAACUUAAGAAAUAUAUCCAAAAGUAGAAUAUUUCUGCAGGGAUGUGUGAAGUGUUGAUGUAAAUCAAUAGAAAAAGAGAGAAAGAAUACUAUUUCCAAUAUUAUCAAGAUUCUUUCUUUUUACGGUAUCUUCGAGACUGUAUAUACACAACGCUCAGGAAUAUCUACCUGAAUAUUCGAAAUUGCGUUUAAACGUCGAGCCGAAGCGACUGCAGAUAUAUACUUUGGCGUAUUUUUUCGCAGAAUCGAUGAUAGAUAACAUUUAUUUUCGAAGAUGUAUAACAGCGAUGCGCACAGUCGUCGCUAAAGAAAUCUGAUUAUACAACACAAGUGGAUUUCAAUAAACGAAUCUACCUACGCAAAAA